CCUCCACCAUGCGGAAGAAGUUCGGGUCGUCGUCCUCUUUGCCCACGGCCUGGCUGUAGCGCCGCAGCCGCAUGAGAGACGCCGAGGCCGGCAAAGUGGCGUCGCCGAGUCCCGAGGCCAGAGCGCUGGAUCCCGCUCGGAAGACUAUUCUCCUGCUAUUCUCAAGAAGAAGUUGAAGAUGUGAAAGAACACCAGUAUGGCAGAUAAACUGAAAGUCCAUGUAUUUUUGGGUGCACCCAAUCCCCAAUCCCUGUCUGAGGGGGCCUUGGAUAAAAGUUCCAAUCAGUGGAAGACUUUAGAGUUUAGCUGGAAUCAAGGAAGGCUAACGCCCAGGAAGGAAGUCGGUGAGGGCCAGAUACCUAGUCAUAUUGCUGCAGAGGCCAUUAGCAGCCAGGACCCAAACACUGAACAUGAUAAGCCUAGCAUUUCAGGUUCUCAUGAUGGUAACGUGAUAGUGUCUGAAGAUGAUUCUACACCCUCGAUUAGCCAGUUCUCUCUGGCCAAGCAAGCACAACCUGAAGAGGAUGACAUGAGUCCACGGCUCGUUAUUGAAUACCUAGACAGCUGCUUCCCCUCCCCACAAGCUGACCCAAGAUCUGAUUCUGAGCCAAGUCCUGCCAUGUCUGCAAAGACAGAAUAUCUAACCACCUGGACCAAGACACAGGCAUUACUCCUGAAACCUGGAGUGGUUAUGGAGCAGGGCUCUGGCUCAGUCAGCACUAUUGGAUCUCCCCAAACACCACCAACACAAACUCCCUCAGCCUCUCUGAGCUCUCCAGAGCCCUACAGCCCAGAGGUUAGUCCAGGAAAUAGAGGUCUGGGAGGAACCCUGCAAGGAUCAGUGGAGCUUCAUGAGAGUCUGAGCCAAAGGCUGCAGGAAGGAGGUGUGAUUUUGUUGCGCACACCUGAUGGCCUUCUGUGCUCUCAGGCCAAUGCAGUGGAGCAGGAGGACUAUGAAUUCCAUUUUGGCUCCCCAAACAAAUCCAUAGAAGCCUCGCCUACUCCCAGCACCUCAAAACGGGCUAAGCUCUCUUCAGCUGCAGCUUGGAAACAGCAGGGAACUGGACAAAAAAACAUGCUCCUACUUCAUGGUCCAACCACACUGCUCUCCAGGUGCAUCAGUCACGGAGUGAGUUACUCCAUCUUGGUUGCUGUGGUGCACCCAUGCCACGUGAAGGAGAUCAGCCUCAAGUCUGGAGCAUCAACUGGAUCCAGUGUUCCGCUAGCUACUGUGAUCGUCACUGACCAAUCAGGAGUGGAGAUGAAGGUGGUGCUGUGGAGGGCAGCAGCGUUCUGGGCGUUGACUGUCUAUCCAGGAGAUAUAUUGCUCAUCACAGGUGUGACAGUGCAUGUGGAUAAAUGGCAAGGAGAAACUGUAUUACAGUCAUCUUAUACGAGCCAACUAUUGAACCUGGGCCAGAUCACUCAAGGCCGUAAUCCGCAAGCUCCACAAUAUGUAAACCUUCACACACUGAGAGCUUUGUGUACUCAUCUAUAUGAGAAGCGCCCUCUGCUGGUGUCUCUGCCUCCUCGCACCGCUCAGAACCUGCAGUCAAUCCCCUUCGUCCACCUCGGGUCUCUACGACCUGACACACUCGUUCAUGCGCUGCUAAGCGUCAAACACACCAGGAUAAUUUCAGGUAACACCCUCUCUUCACAUACACAAACAUACAGUGUAUAUUUUCACACUAAUUCUACUGUACUUUCCAGUUCUCAUAAUUAUGUGGAUCUUUCAGUUUUCACUCUGGAAUUGAUCUAUUUCUGGCCUGUAGUCUUUUAUUACACUUUUGAAUAUAAGCACUUUUCAAAUCUUUACCUUAGUACUAUAUCUUCAACUGGACAGUGGAAGACUGGAAAAAGACCAGACUGGCGGACUGAAGCCGAGGGUGUGUCCCGGACAGGCAGUAUACCCAAAGCUGUGUUAACUGUAGAACAAGGAGGUGGCAGACAAGGAGCCGUUGUUCUUUGGGGAACUGCUCUCACCUGGCUACAGCACAUACACACUAACAAGGAUGCGGUUUGGGAGUUCCGGCUGCUGCUGGUGAAACAGGAUGUGACUUCAGGUCUUCUAGAGCUUCACUCCACGCCAUGGAGCUCGUGCCAGCCUCUGCUCCCAAACAACCCACGAUACAAAGAGUUCUGCAGUGCAGUCACUUCACACAGCAGCAGCAGCUUUGAGAUUGACCUACACACACUCCUGUCUCAGAAAUACACAGGCGACGUAGAGCUGAAAGUUCAUAUUGUAGCAUUCCAGUUCAACAGCAGUCCUUCCCAGGAUGCAGUGCUGCUCAUGGAUGGAGAGACGCCUUUGGAAAGGAUCCUGGACAUUGUAUCUGGUGACAUCACUUUCACUGGAUGUGGCCUGUGCUGUGCAGAGCUAGACACAGACGAGAAUGGCAUCUACAGACCGUGCUAUCCAUGUCUGCCUCAUACUGGAGUACGCCGUUAUUACAGGCCUGUAGUUCUGACUGUGAGAGAGGGACAGAGUCAGGUCUGUGUGCAUGUUCCACCUACACUCGUGCAGAAGAUCCUGCUUAACACUCCACCAGACAAGUUGAACAAGACUGUAGCUCGGGUGCCAGAAGAGAGAUUUGUUCAAGUGGUGGCUAAGAAGAUCCACUCCAUCUUGUCCACUCCAAGGUCCAUGUUUCACCUCACCAUCCGCAGCCAUUUUGACUGUGAUGAAAACAGUGUUCCUUUCAUACAGAAUUUUUUGCUGUUAGAUUUUAUUGCACAAGAAGCUUGAAGCAAUGAAGAUCUGCCCUUAUAUUUAUGACUUGCCUUAUGUACAAAAUGUUUUCUUUUUCAAUUUAGACCUGGAAUAAUUGUACUGUGUAAAAAAUAUAAGGAUAUAAAUUAUUUGUGUCUAUGUAAGUAUAAUUUGUGAAAUGAACUUUUGCACAAGCACAGAUUUACCUGUAUAUACAAUACAGUUACCUUUUUAAUAUGUUGAUGAUUGAUUUGAACCAAUAAAUUAGCUCUGUAUUUGCACUGUUUGUAAUCAUUCUUAAAAUCUCUCCAAUACAUGAAUGUCUCAACUCCAACUAGGUGUCCUACAUUUCUGGAUUAUUGUCUCUGGCAAAGAAUUUCACAUUACUAUGUCAGAAAGCUACAGCAUUUCCUUGUUAGUACCUACACUAGAAAGAAUGUCAACACUGAAUGUAUUUUAAAAGAUAAGACACAAUUUGACUGAAAUCUGUAUGUGGCAUGCAUCAGAAAUUGUAAUGAGAAUCUACAGUAUUAAAUGUAUAUAAAGUAUAAAAUGGAUAUUGUGGGAAACAGUAUAUAAGGUUUAAAACACUGGUUAACAUUUUUUUUUGAUAGUGUUCUACCACAGCACGGUUGUAUUCUCAAAUCUGAUGAGUCAGCAUGUGAUUGAUUUUCUAGAGAGCAGCUCUGACUGUAGUGCUGGCUGUAAUUCACAUCACUGCUUAAUAUUAAUGUACUUAUUGUAAUACAUUACUGUUUCUAUAGUAACAACCCACUCACAGGAACUUGUAUAGCAGAAACUCUACAUCAAUGGUCACAAACCUCUUCCUUGAGAUCUACUUUCUUGCAGGUUUCAACUCCAACCAAAAUUGAACACACCUGUUUUAGUUGAUCAAGAACUUCUUAAGGCAAUGAUUAUCGUGGUCACGAUUAUGGUUGGAGUGAAAGUCUUCAGGAGGGUACAUCUCCAGGAACAUGGCUGGUGACCAAUGCGCUACAUAAACAGAAAAAAAACAAAACAUGUAAUUGUUGAUAUAAUGACCCUCCCUCUAAGGAGACAUUUAUUGAGCAUUUUGGAAGGAGUCUCUAGCCCCUCAUUGACAGUCAGAGGUAAAGAAGUUCUUUUUAUGUGUUAAUUUUAUGUGUGUGAACAGUGUGAAAUAAACUAUAUUGUACUGGAAAUCACAAAUCCCUCAUGUAUGAGUCAAAGAAGGUUACUGUGCUUUCAAGAUUUCAGCAUUAUGUAAAGAAACUGGUGUUUAAAGUGCAAAAAUUCUGAAAGUGAAUGAAUUUGAUAAUUAUCAUUAGAACUGAUGAUGGUAAGUCAGUGAAAGUGGGGCACAAAUAGUUUUUGGACAUGGACAUUUUUGUCCUCUAUGGACCUCUACUGAACACAUUACUCCAUUAAUACUGAAGGUAAAUGUGGUGUCAAUAUCUGCAAAAAAAUAUGAUGUCUUGACCUCUCUGAGGUGUUAUGAUUAAGUCUCUUUGCAUCUCUUAAGAGAUGAUAUUGUAACCUGUUCCAGUCUGAUGAGCAUCAACAACUCUUUAUCUGAGGUACUCAGAAAUCGCCUUUGUGCCAUAUGCCAUAAUACACUUACAUACAGAUCAGACUUUGACAGAUCCCUGUUCUUUAAAUAAAACAGGGUGUGCACUCACACCUGAUUUGUCAUCACAUUGAUUGAAAAGACCUGACUCUAAUUUCACCUUCAACUGCUAAUCUUAGAUGUUCACAUACUUUUGCC